GUGGCCGGCAGGAACGGCCGUGGCCCCCCAGGAGGGAGGAGCCGCCCGGGUCCCGCCGCCCUUCCGGGGUCUCCCUCCCUGGCCCCCGCCUGCCCGGAGCGACAGCCCGGCCGACCAGGGGAGCCCCCGGGGCCGCCGGUGGUGCAAGGCAGGCGGGGAGCCGGGAGGAUGAAUCCGGGCACGGAGAUCCAGAAGCCGCUGCGGGCCAGGAAGACGAUGCCUCAGAGCAGCCGGAAGCAGAUGGUGCACCUGAGCAGGAGGAAGGCUGGGGAAGGAGCUGUGGGCCCAGCGGGGCCGGUUGAAGCCAGCGGGGCCCAGGAAGAGGCCGGAGCCAGGCUGAAGCCACUGCCGGCCAAGGAGCCCCUGCCCGGCUUGCUGGUGAAUUCCGAAAUCAGCAUCUAUAAGGACUCCCAGGAGAUGCUCCAGGACCUCCCCAACCCGGGGGUCCGGCAGUUCCUGAAUGCCAGCACGUUGCAGGAUAUCCUUCGUUACUGUUACGAAAAGGGCUCCGGCUGCCCCUUGUCGAAGCCGAUCGAAGCGCCCCUGGAAUCAGCACCGGCUGCCCAGCUCCCAGAUCGGCUUCCGGUGGCCUCUUCCACGCACAAAAAGGCAGAUGUAGCAGCCGAAACGCCCGGCUGCCAAACUCUUCCGGCGUUGCAAGAGGAAGAAAGACGCUUUGGGGUGCCCGAAACAGACAGGGUGGUGCCCGCAGGGCCCCUGGGAGACGGUCAGAGGAAGAGGACGGCGUCCAGCAGCGGCGAGGAAGGCAGCGUCCUUUCCAAGCGCAGCAAAGCCUCCGGGGACCCCGCACAGCGGACCACCCCAGCCAUGGAGAAAGCGGAGUCCGGCCUGGAAAAGGCCAGGGGGUGGAUUCGAAGUCAGCUGAAGGCCUCGAUGAGGGAAUUUGACCAGGGUCUCCGACACUUGAGUGAAAGAAUUGAUCGCACGCAGUGCCUGCGGAAACACGAAGGCAUCGCUAUUAAGAUUGUAAAGAAAAUUUCCAGACUGGACAGGCACAUCAAUGCUCUGAUAGCAUUCCAGAGGAAGGAGCCCUCCUCAAAGGUCAAGCAGCCCAGGGCACAUGCCCAAUGCAAAAUGUUCAAUGGUGCCACCCUGCCUCCGAACACAAACGCGGCUGGCAAGCUGGUGCCACCAACACUGACCGAAAUCCUGUCUCCCACGGCGGAAAGGUCGUCCGGUGCUGAUGGGUUCCCCUGCGUUGAGGCGCCGAAGCCAAGCUCGGGGGUGCUGGCAGCCGGGGCUCCAGCUCCUCCACCGAAAGCAGCUGCCGGAUACCCAGGCCCUCCAGGUGACCAGAUGAGCGAGUCCCAGGGUGCGCUUGUGAUUGACUUAACGGACGAAGAAAGCAAACCUGAUAAAGGAGAGAAGGAACAAGUGGCAGGAAUCAGGCACCUGGGCCAGCCGGAGAGCCUUCCGCAGCCUUCGAGAGAAUCCCUGGAUCAGGUGCCCCCGAGGGUCCCGCGCCUGCCUGCCUUGCCGAGCGUAGAGCCGGACCCAGCGCCCUGGGAGGACCUGGGAGACUCUCCGCCCCCUCAGAAGCUGGACCUGGUGGUGGCUCAGGUGAACCAGCCCAAAGGCAUCGCCCUCCAGUGGAACGUACGCUGCGUGGACCCCCGGUGCGCCCCCAUCGAGAGCUUCUCCUUGUUCAUCUGCCUGGAGGACGUGGACAGCGGGACCACCUCCGAGUGGAAGAGGACCAGCGUCAUCAAGGCCCUCCCGCUGCCCAUGGCCUGCUCGCUCUCACAGUUCCCCCGCUCCGUCAAGUGCCACUUCACCAUGCGCGCCAAGGACGUCCACGGGCGCCAUGGGCCUUUCUGCGAGGUCCAGUCCAUCUCGGCUCUCUAGAGGGGGCUCGGGGGGAGCGGCAGGACCCUUCCCUAACCCGACACCCCUUUUCCGGGGUACUUUUGAGGGGCAUUAUUUCCCCAGCUCAAGGUGUGGAAAAGACCCCCCCGGCCAGUCCUCGGUUGCCCUUUUUUCCCCUCCCACACUAAGCAUCCCAUGUGAGGGAACAUGGGAGAGAAGGCUGGGAAGACGGCCACCCAACGCUGAAGCCUCCAGAGAGAGAGAAAGUGGAAGGUUUGUCCCCUUCCCCUGGGGGAGAAUCAGACUCAGGACCCCCAAGAGGGGGAACUUUGCUUUCAGUAUUGUUUUCAUCCCUUCACCAGUAGGAUGAGAGAGAGAAAUGUUCUCUUGGCCCAAAGCCAAGUGGGUCAAAAAAAAAUUUGUUUUUGAAAUAAAGUGCCUUUUCUGUUAGAUUUU